GAAAAAGCCAUUAAAUCUAAGCUGAUGCAGUUAGAAUGUUACUUCACAUGGGGCUUGGAAAAAGAGGCUGUAGAUCUCAAAUCUCUUGUUCAACGAUUGUUAGAUUCUAUACGACUGCCUAUUGAGAAAGUAAGAACUUUCAAUUUUUUGGCUUAUGUGAAGUAUUUGCAGGGAUGUAAUGAAGAUGCACUUGCUUAUCUUAAACAAGCAGAAGAUUAUGCGAAGAAAGACCACGAAGAUGAAUUUGAAAAAUGGGUAUUGCUUACUUAUGGCAACUAUGCCUGCCUGUAUUAUCACAUGGGAGACAUCAGUAAGGCUCAAGACUUCUUAUCACAGAUUGAAGACAUCUGCAAGAAUAUCCCAUCAGCUUCUCACUAUUCUGCUCCACUUUCCAUCGUGGAUGGAGAGAAAGGAUGGUGUUACUUCAAGUUUGCAAGGAAAUACUAUAAAGAAGCGAUAGUUUAUUUUCAGAAAGCUCUUGAGCAAGAGCCAGAAGACCCAGAAUGGAACAAAGGCUAUGCAAUGGCACUGUAUCGUACUGAGUCCUUUGACAUAAUUUCAAUGGAAGAAUCACUUGCCUUAAAACAACUAAAGCAUGCCAUGGAGUUGAAUCCAGAAGAUGCUCAUAUUUUGUUCCUCCUUGGUUUAAAGCUUAUAUAUUUGAAGCAGCGUGAUGAAGGAAUUAAACUCAUUGAGAAAGCUCUGACUCUUGACCCAGAUGAGCCGUAUGUAACUCUCUAUGCAGCAAUGGGGUGAAAUACUGGAUGUGUCGAUAAAUCUGUUAAACUCCUAAAAAGGGCUUUGGAAAAGAUGCCUAAUUCUGCUUUUCUGCACCAUCAGAUUGGCCUCUGUUGCAGGAACAAAAUAUUCAAAUUGCAAACUUGGCAAAGAAGAUCUUGUAUCGAGAUGAGCAUUCAGCAUCUGGAAAAAGCACUUGAGUUGAAGCAUUUCUUUUUAAUGCAGAACUGGAACUAGCCAAGAUGUAGGCAUUGUCAAAAGACUUUCAAAAAGCUGAAGAAUUGUUCCAGAAAGCAUGUGAAAUGCAGAAUACCUGUGAAGAAGACAUUGCAAUGAAACAUCGGAAUUAUGGAGAUUUCCUGUUUAAAUACAAACAAUCUGAGGUCCUUCCAAUUAAGCAGUACAAAGCAGGCUCAUCAUGUAUAAAAGAGACACAAAACAAAAAAAGAUGCCUACAGCAACUGGAAAGGCUUGCAAAGAGACAUAUUGGCAGGUAUCCAAAAGAUGGGGAAGCAUAUGGUCUUCUGAGCUUGGUUAAUCAACAUAGAAAGCAAGAAAUGUUAGCAAUUGAGUUCUUUGAAAAAGCUUUGCUCUAUGACCUGGGAAACGAAGACUACCUAAGCGCUCUUUGUGAACUGUGGCUCAAGCUGGAAUAAAAGUCAUUUGAUUCUGAAGGCAACGUCCUUCUGUGUGUGAAGUUAGCAAAGUCUACAAUAUUAUUUUCAUCGUAUAAUCAUUUUGAAAACAACUGUUCAAACAAAGGAAGUUGUAGAUCUAAUUUAGAAAAUCCAUCAUCCAUUUGAUUUACAGUAGAUGCUUAGCUUUAAACAUCUUUGAUGCAACAAAUAAGAUGCUUCUCAUUGCUAUUAACUUUCUCAAAACUAACUGUAUAUUUUUUGUAAUUUUUAUUGGACAAUUCUUAAGUAGACUGAAUGCUUUCUAACCUCCAUACACGCUCCAUAUACUGCAUAUAAUAUAACCCCGUAAAAGGAAAAGGCUGAAUCAAGUGAAAGGAUAUCCAUUAUACAGUAUUAAAACAUGACUUUCUCUUUUUGUAGUUGCCUGUAGCUUCUUCAUAAGUCCACCAGACUCAGAGUGCCUUAUUUUUCAGUCAGACAACCCCUGACUCUUGGAUAAAGUAAGAUGAACUGAAGGGUUGACACCUGCUUCAUGGCUACCACUAUGGACUUCAGCAGGUUUGUUCAGACGAUGGGUAGAUGGAUGGAUGAAAGGACUGACAAUUACACCAUCUCUCAGCCUUCACUCACACAUCAGAAUAAAAUAAUUACACAUAAAGUAUCAAUUAAUACAUAGUGUAAAACUUAAGAAUGCACUCUUUAACUAUUUAACUUGAACUUUUCUAUGCGUUUUGUAUACUUUGUGCACAUUUCUUAUGUAGCAUUAAAGUUUGUACCCCACUUUA